UGGACUGCAUAUCGUGCAGCCAGCUCGGGUAUAAAUCCCCUCCUGAUCGCUGAUGUAAAGCACGGGGGUUGCCAAACCAUGUAGCCUGUGGGUUCAGCUCGAGUACGUGCUCGAGGGAAAAGACGCCGUACGCGCGGCGGGUGGAGUUCGGGCUCCAGGAAAAACACCACCAUGUCAUUUCUGUGCUCGGGUUCUUCUCCACCUCCUUCUUCUUCGUUGGUUCGUGCCACGGCAAGUGAGGGCGAGCUAGAGAGACGGAGCUACGGCAACAACACAGGCUACUACCCGUCGGCGGCUGCGGAGAAACGGCAAGCCGGCGGCGGGAAAAAGUCGCACCGGGGGAGCACCAAAUCCAGGGGCGAGAAGGGAUUCAUCGAGGGAUGCCUGGCAGCGCUGUGCUGCUGCUGGAUCUGCGAGAUGUGCUGCGACUAACCCGGCGUGGUCGCUGCUGGCAAAAGACGUUGCUGCUAGUGCCUAUGAAGAACAUACACAUACAGAGAGUCGAUGCUUAAUUACAGUGUCUGUCUGUUUGUUUGUUGUUUUAGGUUCUGCGUAAAUAACCGAGAACCCGUGCUGCGUGUGUGAUGCCCAUGUACCAUGCGUCACACCUAUAAUCAAUUUUAAGGCACCAAAUUAUCGGGCUACUCUUGAAGAUCCUCUAGUUAAAGAUAACGUCUGCUGUGCAAAAAUGAAAGCUUUCAUUUGUAGAGGGAGAAGUCGUGCAGGCGUAAUCAGUCAGUCACUUGUCCAGAGUUUUUUUUUUGUUUUGAGAAAUAUAGUGCUAUCGAGUCAGGUCCGUCUCUAAUU